AUGGAUGAAAUGCAUGCUAAGUUUGUGAUUGAUAGUCACUUCAAAUCCCAACCGAAAGGGGCCAACUUGGAUGACAAAUCCAUGAACAAUUCCCAAGAAGACAUUGAUGUCUCUAUCAUGAUGAUUGAUCCUGAGAUACUUCCUCAAGAUAUGCUGAAGAAGUACAUCACAUUUGCGAAAUUACAUGUUUUCCCAAAAUUGCAUGAUGCUGGUUUGGAAAAAUUUACACAGGUUUAUGAUAAGCUGAUAAGCGAAUCAUUGGUAUGUUUUGUGAUUAAAAAAAGUGUUUAUUAUCUUAGGCCUUAUAACCCAAUAGAGGAUGAAUAG